AUGCUUGAGAAGGAGCUGGUUGAUAUGUUCAUGGGAACACUUCAGGGCCCGUAUUAUGAGAAGCUGGUAGGGAGUACAUCGGCUGCAUUCUCUGAUCUGGUCGUUGCUUGUGAGAGAAUUGAAAUUGGUGUAAAGGCCGGAAAGAUCCCGAACCCCGCUAAUGCUGCCAAUGGGGCAAAGAAACCUUACAGCGGUUUUCCUAAGAAAAAAGAGAGAGAGACCAACGCUGCAUCAACAUCCAAGGGGAAGGGUAAGGCUUACGAAACCCGUAUUAUCAAGUCGCAGAAGGAAGCCAAGCCUCCGCCGUCCCCACUCCCACCGGGCUAUGGUGUAAAUGCACGAUGCGAGUUCCAUACUGGGGCACCCAGCCAUACUCUUGAUAACUGUAAAGCGUUCAGGAACGUGUUCCCUGGAUGCACUGAGGACUGUGCGCGUUGUGGGGAUACCCCACAAGGUUGUGAAGAGCUUAGAGAAGGUGUUCAAAUGCUGAUAGAUCAGGGUAUCUUCCUAGUAGAACAUUCCUCAGCAGCCAACGAGGUGUCUACUCUGGAAAUACCUUAUUAUCCAGUACAACUACCUGUUGAGAAUGCUCCCACGACGCCCUUGGUCAUCGUUGUACCGGCUCCGUUCCCGUACGAAAGUGCCAAGGCCGUCCCCUGGAACUAUAACUCCACAGCCUAUCUGCAUGGGCGAAGACUCGGAGAGAGGACUGCCAAAGCUCGAAAGACUUUGGUAAUCCAUGUACCCUUUGAAGUUCCCGAGCCUGCUGAGGCACAGAAAUCAGUGGAAGUGCAAGAGCCAGUAGUGAACAUUACAGGCACUAGCGGCAUGACCCGAAGCGACCGCAUAUUCGCUGCACCACCACCCCCACCAGAAAAAGAGAAUCUCGGAACUAACGCCAAGAGCAAGGGUAAGCAACCUGCCGGCCCGGAGCAGGCACAAACCCAAACUCAAGGCAAAGUUAUGCCUGAUGAUGUGGAAGAGUUCCUCCGCAUCAUAAAGAAGAGCGACUAUAAAGUGGUUGAUCAGCUCAACCAAACACCAUCCAAGAUCUCUAUAUUGUCACUACUACUGUGUUCCGAGGCCCGUCGAGAUGCUCUACUCAAGUUUAUCAGCGCCGCCCAUGUGCCCCAAGAAAUCACUGUCAACCAAUUUGAAGGGGUAGUGGCUAAUAUAGCUUCGAAAGGAUGCCUAGGAUUUUGCGAUGAUGAGUUGCCUCCCGAGGGCAAAAAUCAUAAAAAAGCCUUACAUAUAUCCAUAGAGUGCGCUGACACGAUAAUGUUCAGGGUGCUAGUGGACACAGGGUCUUCCUUAAAUGUGCUUCCGAAGAUUUCCCUCACCAAGCUGACAAUAGAGGGCCUACUGAUGAAACCCAGUGCGUUGAUAGUGCGGGCGUUCGAUGGUUCACGUCGGUCAGUCGUCGGAGAGGUGGACCUUCCCAUCAAGAUUGGGCCAUACACCUUCUUCGCGACCUUCUAUGUGAUGGAUAUCCACCCAGCAUAUAGCUGCCUCUUGGGCCGCCCAUGGAUCCACGCUGCAGGGGCAGUAACCUCUACCCUCCAUCAAAAACUGAAGUUUAUCAUCAGUGACAAGUUGGUCACCAUCGAUGGAGAAGAAUACAUUUUGGUUAGCCAACUAUCCUCCUUCCGGUAUGUUGAAGUGGAUGGGGAGAUUCAUGAAACACCCUUUCAGGCAUUCGAGAUCGCCAAUGUGUUGAUGAAUCCCCUCAACGGAAGAGCAUCUGGAAAACCUGAGCUCCCGAUGUCGUCCCUGAAGGAUGCUCAGACGAUAAUAAAAGCAGGCCAUCCGGAGGGAUGGGGGAGAAUCUUGGAGUUGCCUGUCAACAAAAACAGGUCUGGCUUAGGGUACCACCCAGAACAGGCGACCCAGCAAAAUACACCCAUAGGGGGCGGCGAGAUGGCCCUCUCUAUUCCGGGAAACUUCAUAAGCGUUGGGCAUCACUUCCAGGAUCAGGUCACCAUGGUGGGCGAAGACCUUAAUACCUCAGAAGUCGAUUGCUUCGUGCUCAAGAAAACCGCGGGACAGCAGCUCCACAAUUGGACAGAAGUGGACCUACCUGAAGUCACUUUCUGUCAAACGUAA